GUCCUCUUUCUCUCGUUAUUAUGAGACUUUACUCUGGGAGCCCUCCUCUAGUACUAUUUCUUUCUCGUAUUUGUUAAGCAUUCGAGCUUUUUCUCUCACGUGCCUGUAUUUUCAAACAACUGCUGAAAUUAUAGCUGCCCGGAUGAUUUUGGCAUUAUAUUUCCCACCAUCCACGCUAACCAGCACAUCUGAGCUAUUUGCGCACAGUUACUGUUAUUUGCCACGCAAGGCUACUCACCAGUGGUCCUACAAGAGGAACAAAUGGAAUUCGAGACAGCAGUGCACUCGGUGGAAGAACCAACGUUGGGAAUCUCAAGCCCAAACACCACAGCGACUAUGUUUCAGUUCUGUGAUAAUGGCAUGGCACCGAGGUCUGGAGAUUUUAGGUGCAGCUUUUGCAACAAGACUUGCCGUCGAAGCGACCUACGCGACCGACACCAGCGACGGUGUAUUAAGACCGCCGGCCAAUCACGUCUGCCGAAACGCAGAUCCUGCAAGACAUGUGCGCAGAAGAAGAUCCGUUGCUCGAUGGCUCGGCCCGCGUGCAUCCGUUGCGUCCGAAUGGGGAUAGCAUGCCACUAUCCCGCGACCUCCUUGCUUCCUCGGAUCGCUGACCCUCAAGGCAUCUCUCCUGCUUCAUCCAGCUUAGUCACUUCGUCUAGCCCGGGCCAAGCGAGACUAAUCCCCAGUCCCGUGGAUCAGAAUGUUAUGGGCACCUCGGACAUACCAAGCACCACAUACUGUCACUUCGAUCCGAUCACCGCCACGGGAUGUAAUCCAUUCGGUACUAACAAUAUGGACUCAAUAAUGCAGGUGAUGGACGAGUCUUUGUUUAGUUCUGGUAGUUCCCUGCGUUGGGGCGACGACUUCACGCCGCUGAAUGAUCCUAUGCCUGUUGAAAAUUCCUCCACUGGUGCCUUGGAGGCGUCAAUUAACCCAGGAUUGUCCUUCUUACCCCUCAACGAGAACUCCAGGCCAGUGGGUCCGUUAGAGACUCGCCGGCCUGAAGCAUUACCAGCAAGUGCCUACAACGCCUACUGUGCUUACAAUUUGCCAUUGCCUUCAGUCCCUUCCUCAGACAGCCAUUAUUUGGGUAUUCAUAGUCGUGGGAAGAACAACGAUCUUGCACAAAGACAUCUGCGCGGUGAUAUUCUCUACGGCUGACACUGGGCUAUCGCUUUUCCCUAAAGAUCGGUCUAUCCGUUAGGCGAAAUGUGUCCCUGUAUACGAGAUAUGUGGCUUUCAACCUUUCAUGCAGCAGCUUCCCUUAGUGUUAUCACAACGAACCCCUUCCCUCCAUAUAGGUAUAUCCUUAUUCAAGUUGAUAAAACAUGCGAUACUCAACUGGAAAUUUAAAACUCUAGAGUAUAGUAGACAUUAUGUCUACGACAAAUAGUGCUAAAGCACGUUUUCCGCCCACUGAAAAAGCUAAUUGGGGUACCGUCGAGGCGCCUAGAUGGACCUGCUUCAGCCUAUAUUUUCACCAUGAAUGUGUUAUACAAAACUAAGCCAAAGGGAUGAAGUAUUGAAAUCAACCAGCAGGUAUUUAAUGCAGCUACGAAUUCUUUGACCGUCCAUAUGUCAUCUAAAACGCCGGAUGUGAUAACUAAAAGCAAGUAACGGCACAGACGAAUCCGAUUCUGUGUUAACAUAUAUGCAUUACGUAGGCUCUCAUAUUUCCGAAACUCUCCCCGUCAUGGCUUCUCCACAGAACAUCCACCCAAAAAGAACAGAGCACGCAAGUCCAGAAGAAAGAAGAUUGGUGAUAAACUGGAAGUGAUGAGUUCCCAGUAUGUGCUUUGUUUAUGAAACGACUACCACCAUCCUUGCACACACUACCAAAGAAAAAUAUUGGUCAAAUCCAAUGAAAAACCUGCCGAUAAAAGUCCCGUUGACUUGCUCGCACUACACG